UUCUGUUGUUUCAUAUCAAACUGUUUGGACUUGUACGACUAGUUCCAUCUUGUACAUGUAAUUGCCAUGGGAACAAGCUGCAUUUUAACAACUUUAUCCUUGUGUAUCUGAAUAAUUAUGUUUAAUUCCUAACCUGAAUAAGGAUGAGUCCAUCACUUUAAAUGCCUUACUCUUUGGGACUGUUAAUGGAGGAGAUGAGCUGACAGUACUGAUACUUAUGCCUUUUGUUUUUGACAGGUGGCAUCAGAUGGCUUCAGGAAGAGAGGAAUCAUAUGCACUUGGCGAGUGUUCUUUAGGAGGGAGUUCUUUGUACCCUGGUUUGUCAAAUUCUGCUGUUCAAGCACAGACUUCUGGCCAUCUGCAUUCUGCAAUGGAGGCUUUGCCUAACCAGCCACCUCCGCUAAAUGCAGGAGCAGGUUUAUGUGGGACUGAUGCAGAGCUGCAGAAAAUGUUAAUUGAUGAGCGAAUGAGAUGUGAACAUCACAAAACCAACUAUCAGACGCUGAAGGCUGAACAUACAAGGUUGCAGGACGAAUACACUAAAGCUCAGCAUGAAUUAAAACGACUACUCACAGAUAAACAGAGCACCCAUGAGAAAUUCCAACUACUUCUAGCUGAACUGAGGGGGGAAUUAUUAGAUAAAACAAGGGAGCAAGAAGAACUGAAAAUGCAGGUGUUAACACCUCAAAAGCUGGAGCUUCUGAAAGCGCAAAUUCAACAAGAUCUGGAGGUACCUAUGAGAGAGCGCCUCAGGAAACAAGAGGAGGAAGCUGAAAGGUACAGGGCAGAAUAUAAUAAGUUGCGUUAUGAAUACACUUUCCUAAAAUCAGAGCUUGAGCAUCAAAAGGAGGAGUACGACCGACUCUUGGCUGAGAAGGUGAUUCGAUUUGAAGCUGAGAUUUCGAGACUGGACGCUGACAAACAGGCUCUGAACGACCAGAUAAUGAAUAUUGACCCCACCAGAGACAGUAAACGUGUGGAAGCACUCCUGAGGGAAAAGGCCCAACUCUGUCAGAAGGUCAGGAGUUUGGAGGCUGAGGUUGCAGAGCUGAGGGCUGAGAGGGAAAAUUCUGGCUUGCAAGCUGAAAAUGUGCAAAGAAUACAAGUCCGGCAGUUAGUUGAAACCCAAGCUCUUGUUAAGUCUUUGGAGGCAGAGAAGCAGUCAAUUAAACUUCAGCAGGAGCGUUUGGAGAAGGAACUGCAGCUGGUCCUUGAACAGAAUACUCAGCUGACCAGCAAGUUGUUUAAGGCAGAACGAGAAGUUAAUGCUUUGUCCAGCAAACUUGAAGAAUGCAAGCACACUCAUAAACUGGAAAUUGCAAACAUCAAACUAGAAGCAGCAAGAGCCAAAGGAGAGAUUGAGAGAGAGAGAGAUAACAUGCAAAGUGAAAUGAAUGGGUUGCAGUCAGAUAUUGACAUUCUUAAGGCCAAUAUUGUAAGACACAAAGAGCUCUUGACAGAAAAGGAGAGGGAACUAAUUCGGAAAGUGCAGGCAGCUAAAGAGGAUGACUUCCAGAAGCUUACAGCACUCCAAGAUGAAAGGUUAGAACUAGAGAAUAAAGUUGCUGACCUCGAAAGACUGAAGGCUGAGCACGAUUUAACCUGGCAAGCUGACAAAGAGCACAUGGAAGAGAAACUGCAUGCUUUACAGUUAGCAGAGGAAGCAUCCAAGAGGGAGAUCCAGAACCUCAGGUCAAAACUUCAGCAGCAAGUGCUUCAAACUGAAGAACUUGAAAAAGAAAAGAAUGACAGUGCUGAGUUAAGACAGCAAAUUAGUGAAAUGCAGAUGCAGCUUAACACUCUGUCACAGUCAGAGAAUGACUUAUUGAAUAACAACAGCAAAAUGCGGGAAAUGUUAGAGCGUUUAAAAGAGGAAAUACGAAAUGCAAGAAGCCAAGCUGAACGGACACAGCAUGAAUCUGAAAAGCUGGUGGAAGAGAAGCGAGUAGAGUGGUUGGAAGAGAAACACAAGCUGCAGAGUCGCACUGCAGAGCUGGAGGAGAAAUAUUGCCAGGCCAAAGACCGACUGCAGCGUGCUGCUUUAGCUCAAAAGAAGAGGAAAGCACUGAAUGAAAGCAAGCAGAAAAGAUUGCAGGAGAAAGUCCAGCUGCUGGAGGCAAAGAAAGAAGAGCUGGAAAUUGAGAAACAUACAUACAAACAAAAUGUUCCCUAUGAAAGCCACGCAAGACUUCAGAAAAGAUUAAAGGAUUUACAGCGUAGACAUAAUGAAUUCCGAAGGCUGUUCUUGGGGCCAAAUUUUUCACCUACUGGCCUGUGUAAUUCAACCAAUUUUUUACCAUCCACCUUCAUGCAAGGCGCAGAAGCAACGUGUAUGAGUGUUCAGGAAGAACAACAUCAAAGAGAGCUGUGUCUGCUCCGCAAGCGAUUGGAGGAACUGGAGACCAAUCAGAAACAGCAGUUACACGAACUUGGUGCUCUCGAUUGAUCCGAUGUUUACAGAGCUGUGAGACUUCAAAUAUCUUUGGAUUUAUUCUGUUCUUGUUUGACGUGCAAUCAUUUGUUUGGUGCCAGCAACUAAUUGCAGUUUUGAAUUUGGAGCUAAUUGUUUACAGGUUGAGCACACCAUAUGAAACAUGUUUACAUGAAGCUGCAGAUUAUCUCAAUUCUUUACGAAUCACUUCUUGUGCCUUGAUGUAAAUUCUGAUCUGAAAGCCCAGUGUGUUGAUUGAUGAGCUGUUAUAAUAUUUCUCUACUUACAGUCAUCCUUUACCCCAUUUCCACCUUGUGAAUGAGAUGUGGUAAGGAUUUUAUGAAGGAGCAUUCUUCCGUCUUUGCAACUCUGCAUUUGUAGAAGUCCAAAGAGAGAUUAAGGAGUGUUGGGAAGUCUGUAAUAUGCUGCAGAAAAGCUGUUUUUCCAACUUAAUGUAUGAGGCUCUGAAAAUAUACUUAGCAGCUGGAAUAUUGUAGGUACUUCCUUAUACUUCCAGUUAUUCUGCUUCCUUAAUCCUGAAAUUUUACCAAACCAGUUAGACAAUUUACACUUAACUUUCUAGCCUCUGUAUUAAGAUACCUUGCAAAUAUAGUCC